CCAUGCCGGGCGAAGCGACGUCGCUCUUGGUCAAGGACAGCACGGCGUGGCCCGUCGAGUCGUACUGGAAGCGGCUGCUCUCGGUGCCCGUGCAGAUGCUGCCCGUCGCGCUCUUCUCGUUUGGCGGGCCGCAGGCGCACCUGGGUCUCGCCCACGAGCGCUUUGUCGACAAGCUGCAGUGGCUCGACGACGAGCGCUUCCUCGAGGUCAUCGCGCUCGGCUCGGCGCUGCCCGGCCCGACGUCGACGCAGGUCCUCACCUCGAUGGGCAUCUUUCGCGCCGGGCCGCUCGGCGGCAUUCUCGCCUUCCUCGUCUGGACGGCGCCCGGCUUCCUUGUCAUGCUUCUCGCGGGCCUCGGCGCUCAAGAAUACCUCGGCGCUGGCGUGCCUCUGUGGAUGGUCGGGCUCGCGCCGGCCGCCGUCUCGCUCGUCAUCAUUGCCGCGACCAAGCUCUGGCAAAAGGCUUGCGGCGACGACCAGCUCAAGAUGUCGAUCGCUGCGAUCUCGAGCUGCGUCGUGCUGGCGACGCAGGGCCUGGGCACGUGGAUCUUCCCGCUGCUCAUGAUUGCCGGCGGCUUCACGACGCUGUCGGCCAUGGCGCUGGGCUACCCAAACCCGCUCGUGGCCGCCAAGCGCCAAGACAAUGGCCACAGUCCCCACUUUGAACGGGAGCUCGGGAUCCCCGCGUGGGCCGGCGUCCUCCUCAUUCUCGGCUGGCUCGCGGCCUUUGGCCUCCUCGCCUACUUGGAUUCGACGGGAACCCUCGGGCGCAGCUAUCUCGGGCUCUUCUACGCCUUCUUCCGCAUGGGCUCGAUCAUCUUUGGCGGCGGCCAGGUCAUGCUCCCGAUGCUCCUUAACGACAUCGUCAACGCUGGCUGGGUCUCCAAGGAGCAGUUCUUCAUCGGCUUUGCCCUCAUCCAGGCGCUGCCCGGCCCCAUGUUCAACAUGUCGACGUACUUGGGUGCGGUCGCGCUCGGUGUGCCCGGUGCGUUCUUGGCGGCCGCGGGCCUCUUCGGGCCCGGCGUCGGGCUCUUCUUCGCGGUGCUGCCGCUCUGGGAGAAGGUGCGUCGCCACGAGAAGCUCCAGGUGUUUAUGGCUGGCGUCAACUCGGCCGCGAUCGGGCUCGUCGUCGCCGCCAUCGCGCUGCUGUGGCAGCACGCCGUGCACAACAACGCGUCGGCCGCCGUGUGCCUUGCGACUGGUCUUCUUGUGGGACUCUUCAAGGUGCCGGCGCCCGUUGGUAUCGUCUUCGGCGGUCUUCUUGGCUACCUCUUUCGAUCCUCAACAUUGCCCAGACCAACUUUUGCGCGGCGUAACUUGCGGUCUCUGCGCCUUGUCGGUCUUGUGUAGCAUCGAUCCUUUCUUGUUGCCGAUGGUAUAAAUGACAAUAUUGUGCACGUGAGAUGUGGAC